AUGAACGGGAUCUAUACGACCAGUCUGGCCUCAAUUGUGUCCAGUGAUUCUCUGCUGAAUGCAAACACAACUGGCUAUUUGACCGGAUCCCGUGUGACCACCAACACCGGCGGCGGCGUUGGCGGUUGCAGUAAUAACAACAAUAGCAGCAAUAAUUACNNNNCGGUCCCGAUGCGGACAUGGUUCCAUCGUCCGCUUCAUCAUCCGGAUCUACUUCGACCUCAUCCCAUCCGGUCACAUUCGGACUACUUCUGUCCGGUACGAACACGAUCACGCGUCACGGUGACCAAAGCCCGAUGGAGUGCACCAUGUCUCAAUCUAGUCCGACUCUCGGCAAUCCGAGCUCAAACGUGA